AUGGCUGCCGAGAACAAAGUAAGCUUGAAGCUAUUGAUUGACAAGAAAGCGAAUAAACUCCUUAAAUUGGCAAGGAAAUGGCAAAAGCUGGCUGCAAUCAAGCGAAAGAGAAUUACAUUGCCACAUGCCAUUGGAAUUACUAAUACUAGCAACUGCACAUCACCAGUGUCUGAAAAGGGCCAUUUUGCUGUGUAUUCAGCAGAUAAAAAAGGUUUCCUUCUUCCAUUAGAAUAUCUUAGAAAUGAAAUCAUCAAACAGCUGUUCAACAUGGCCGAAGAAGAAUUUGGAUUGCAAAACAAGGGGCCUCUCACACUGCCAUGUGACACAGAGCAUAUGGGAUAUGCAUUUGGUUUGAUCAAACAGCAGGCUACUAGAGAUGUUGAGAAUGCUUUCUUGACAUCCAUAACUAGCCAUUGUUUUCAGUCUUUCUGUCUGCAAGAUCAAGUAACUAGCAACCAGCUGCCAAUUUGCAGUUUUGAAGAGUUAUAA